AGGGCGCCCACUCCGACACGGUUAAUUGACGGUGACAUGACGUGCAAAUAAGCUUUAUGACACAGAUCGCGAAAAUGUCAUCGUUGCAAUAUACAGUCAUAUAUAUGAAGGUGCUGCCACUUUAGUGGCUUCAGAUAGUACAGUUACGGGUUUAAAAUGCGCCCCGGACACCCCAAGAAAUUUAUUUCUGCGUGUGGUCUUGGGCUGGAGCUCUGGCUUUUUGGCCUUGAUCUGCAGAUCGCCGAAAGCUGCCAUGAUGCCGGGGGAAGGGAAUGGAAGGGAAGGGAGGGCUGUCAUGUGGAGAUGCCGCCUUCUGCCGGUAUUUCAUUACGGUCAGCGCUGUGAAACGGACCUGCAGCUGGAAGAGCAGCAAUGGGGAACGGCAUGAACAAGACUCUGAAAACACAGAGAGCUUAUCUGAUAAUGGAAUCACCCACAUCCUGUCUGUGUACAACAGUGCCAAACCAGUGAUAGAGGGUAUGACCUACCUCUGCAUACAGGCCUCAGACUCAUCCAGUCAGAACCUACUGCAGCAUUUCAAAGAGUGCAUCACCUUCAUCCACGAGAGCCGGCUGAGCGGAGGGGCCUGUCUGGUCCACUGCCUGGCCGGGGUUUCCCGCAGCACCACGCUGGUGGUGGCCUACCUCAUGACGGUGACCUCCUAUGGCUGGGAGGACUGUCUGUGCGCCGUCAAGGCUGUGCGCUCCUUUGUCGGACCCAACUACGGCUUCCAGCAGCAGCUGCAGGAGUUCCAGAGGGGCCUGCUGUCUCAGUACCGUAGUUGGCUGCGGUCCAGUUACAGCCAUAACUCCUUCAAGGACCAGGAGAGGGUAGAGGAGCUGCUGAGGCAGUUCAAGGAGCAGCAGCAGCUGGAGCGACAGAGGAACGGACAGCAAAACUGGAUGAGCCAGGUUCCCGGCUUGUACCCGCUGCCCUACUAGGCCUUUGGUAGCAGCAGUAAUUUCUGAAACGCCUGAACGAGGAGUAGGCUGACAGCCCCAGCCUGACGAGAACCUCCAGAGGUUCUCCAACAAGACGGAAGCUUCCAGAGACUGAUUUGUGCGGCACAGAUCCUGGUCUCAUCACCCACAUACACCGGCGUCCUGUCAGCACCCUUUGCCACCUUCGUUCCAGGUUUAGCAAUUUUAGUAGCGAACCCUGAGCCAACGCUGUGUGUCUUUAUGGAAGCAGCAUAUUUGCAGUGCGGCUGACUAGAUAAGGCUCAGUCAGGAGCCAUUAAAAGCAACAAAGUACCUUGAGUGUGACAGAUUUACCCAGCAAAUUCUGCCUUUUUUUGUUAUUAAGCGAUACGCAGCGCUACAGACUGUCAGUCAGAGCGAUAAUCAUUCAUACAGAAGUACAUAACUCUAAUAUGCCACAUUCAGAAUGAAAUGCUAGUGGUGUACUUCAGUCAGAUGUGUGUAAAAAUACAUGUUGAGUAUUUUAACACUGAUCUGUAUAAAUAAUUAAAAAUAAAUGAUAAAUUUAUAUA